AUGUUAAAGGCCAAACUAGAGGAGAAGGAAAAAGAACUAGAAGUUUCUCGCCUUGAAAAUGAAGGUUUAAAAAUUGAGAUAAAUGAGAAGUUGUUGGAACUUUCCUCGGUUCAAUCCAAGGAAGAGGAAAUGACUUUCAGAUUGAAUCAAACUGAACAAGAGCUUGUAAAGAGCAAAAGCAAUGUUCUCCGGUUAAAUGAGAAGCAAGAAGCUACCGAAAGAGUGAAGCAGGAAUUAGAAGCUGAAAUGAAGAAGCUUCAUAUGCACACCGAGCAAUGGAGAAAAGCAGCUGAUGCUGCAGCAUCAGUUCUAGCCAGUGGUGUCGAAAUGAAUGGCAGAAGGCUAUCUGAGAGGUGUGGAUCAAUGGACAAACACUAUGGCAAUGCGUUUGAACCUGUUGGCAGAUAUGCAGAUUCUAUGGGUUCACCAGGGCUAAUGGAUGACCCUGACGAUGUUUUUGGGAGCGGUAAGAGGAAAGGUUCUGGCAUUAGAAUGUUUGGAGACCUUUGGAAAAAGAAGGGCCAUAAAUAG